CUGAGGUGUGGGGGUCUGCUGUGUGCUGCUGGUGUGCUGAGAACCGUGUCGGCAAUGGAUGCAAUUUUUUCCACGGGUUUUUUGCAAAAGCUCGCCAAGGCUCGACAGACUCUUUGAGCACAAUAACCAACCAAUCAACCAGCCGCCUCACUGCGGCUCGUAACACCCAUCAUGCUUCACCGUCUGCCUGCGGAGCUACUGAGGAAUUUUGUUUUGUUUGUCGGUUCGUCGUCGUGUGAUCUUGCUGCCCUGAGAGCCACGUCACAAGGAUGCUGCUCAGGCAUCACUGCAGAGCUCAUUGUGCUGAUCAUCGAUACGUCCCUCGCCCGCCACUCGCUCGACGACCUCGUCAGCAUCGACCGCACAGCCCCUCUGUCAUUCGACUACUUGUUUCGCGUGGCCUAUGUGCUGGAGCAGGGCAGUGACGAGUGGCAUGUGAUGGGUGUGUUUGUGCGUCUGGCAGCCAUCUAUCGGCUGAUCCCUCAGGCGCUGUCUCAGCAAGGGCCGCGCAUUAUGCUGUCAGCUGACUGUAUUUCCACUCAUGUGCCCACCCGGGCUGCUUUCCACCGGCUGCCCCUCACGAUGACCAUUUUCAAGAUGAUUCAGGGCUGUCUCAUCUACAAGGGCAGGAGCCUCACACUCGUGCAGGAAGAGCAAGAUGGUGGUGCAGCCGGUCGGGGAGUUGGGGACAUUGAAUUUUGUGUGGUCACCCUGGUCGAACUCCCGCGCCUUCACAGUUACCGCAGGUAUGCGAGACAUCACACGCUGAAUACAAGAAAAAAGUCGGGAAACACACAGCGCGGUGUAUGUGUGUACAGUUGCUAUAAGAAUAGCGACCCGGUCGUACGCGAGAACGACUCGCUCUACCCCAGCUUCUCCGCCUUCCUGCUGCACAGCGUCAUGUACCGGUGGUGUGCCGAGGAGGUGGUGGGCGAGAAGCGCACCCUCUUCGGCACCAUCCACCCGCGAUUUCUCUCCAGAUACCGGGCCAUCAUCACAGACCCGAUUGAGAAAGAGCAGCAUGGGGCCUUCAUCAUGGUCGAUGGACAGCAUGAUGGGGGAGAUGUCAACGCGGACCCGACGUCAGUGGUUGAGUUCAGGCUGGUGUUGAUGACCGGCUUCCGACAAGAUGAUUCCUUCGCUUCAUACAUGACCCUGGGACAGGGGUUUGUUGAGGUGCGGUUGGAUCAGCAUGCUUGCUGAGGAUGUAAGUCAUGGCUGUGAUGGUGUCGUGUUGUUGUGUUUUGUCAGGUGUACACUACAGAAGGCGCUGCGAGAGGUGUGACGAGCGGCAGCAACUUGGAUGUCCGCCUUCCCGUGACGAUGCCCAAGAUGCGGAGCGUGUUGGGACGUUAUGGCCUGCCGGCCCCUUCAGCUCUGUUCCGCACUGGGCAUACCUGAACCAUCGAAUUGCUCAGUGUUUGCUCUGUGCAAAGGGACAAGUCUGUCCACUGAAGUCAUUCAAGUAUGUCCAUGUGCAUUUCCAUGGAUAGACGAGGGGUGGGAUGGGGGGUAGAGGAGUGAAGAGGGGAGGGCAACGUGAAGUUUCAUGGGACCUGGUCAGGACAAUCAUGUGAC